UUAUCUUCUGGAUGCAAAAGAAGCCACAAAUCUUCCAUAUAAUCAAAAGUAACAAGAGACAUAAUUAACAUUAUUUUCUUGACUCUUCAUCGAUAAAGAAAAAUACAAAGGGUCCUAGAUCCUCCCUCUUCUAGAUCUCCUUAAAAAAACACAACUCCAGAGCAUUUUUGGAAAUUCACUUAAUCCUCACCAUGUUGCCAACAGGGUUCAGGUUCAAUCCCACUGAUGAAGAGCUCAUCCAAAUUCUUCAAAGGAAAGUUUAUGGACAGGAAAUGCCUCUCCAUGGCAAUUUCAUUUUUGAAAGAAAUGUUUAUGAGUUUGAUCCUGAAGAUCUUCAAUGGGACCAUACGGUGGCGGUGCUUAACAACGAAAGAUAUUGCUAUUGCAUAAGGGAAAAUGAUUCGCGAGAAGUUUCAGGUCGAGGAUGGUGGAGAGCUACCGGCCAUGUUAAAACAAUUUAUGAGAAUAAAGGUGUGGUGGGUUACAAGAGGCCUUUAACAUUUCACAGAUAUGCUGAUGAUGACAGAAAGCGAAACAAAGCUUUGAAGACUAAUUGGAUUAUGCAUGAAUAUAGCCUUGAUUCCAACACAACGGAUUGGAGACUUUGCAAGAUAAAAUAUAAGGGGAAACCAAGUGUGCAAAAGGAGAUAAAGAACAACAGAAAAUGCUACAAAUCAAGUAAUUUUGAAGCAAGCAGUUCAAUAAUGGGCAUACCCAAGGAUUUUGUAACUGAUGAACAGCAUCACCAAUUACAAAAAGCUCAUUUUGCAGCCACUGAUUCUAUGGAGAUUCAUGAUCAGUAUGGUUUUGUUGGUGAAGAACAGCUGCAAUCUCAACUCUUGCAGCUAGACAACAUGUAUGAACUUUAUUUAAAACAAAAUAUGUUACAGGAAGUGAUUGAUGGGAAACAAGCAGAGCACUCAAAAGCUUCAUAUGAUCAAAGUUUCAUUGAUGGUCAACUUCACCAACCUGCAGAUUCAUCUGACCAAUUAUCUCUUAGCCUCUGGUCUUGGCAAUACUAGCUAUAGUUUUCAAAGGUUUUUCUCUAUCCAUAAAGAAAAUCUGAUAUUUGGAUUGAUUCAUGCUUUGAUCUUAAUUUUUUUUUUUUUUUUGGGUUCAAUGUUGUUUCUCUGAAUGUAUAUGUAUUUAUGUGAAGAAAAAUUGUAUAAAAAUUAAAUGUUGUGACAUACGCUUGUAGACUAGAUGGGCGUAUAGCUUUGGUCUGUGUAAAAUACAAAAUUAUAAUUUUUAUUUUUAUUUUUGCAGUCACAA